CUACAGCGGCAAGAAGGUGAGGUCCCGGACAGUUCUUAUGAAGUUACCGUUAUCAAAAAAUACUUUGCCAACUAAUCCUUAUUGUUAAUAGCUAGCUGCUUUGUUGCAUUCAGACUCGUGGGUCUUGCUAUUUCAUCCCAAGAACAGGUUGUAAACGAGACUCCGCCCCCGUAUCCCAGGAUCCCCUGCCGAGCUGAGCAGCCAUGUCGGCCAAAGCCGUGUCCGAGCAGACGGGGAAGGAGCUCCUGUACAAGCACAUCUGCAGCUCCGCCGCCGUGCAGAACCGCUUCAGGUGCGCCAGCGUGACGGCCGGCACCGACUGGGCCCGGCUCUGCCAGGACCAUCCCUGGCUGCUCAGCGAGAGCCUGGUGGUGAAGCCGGAUCAGCUGAUCAAGCGCCGCGGGAAGCUGGGCCUGGUGGGCGUGAACCUGGACCUGAGGGGCGUGCAGGAGUGGCUGAAGCCCCGCCUCCUGGAGGAGACCACGGUGGGGAAGACUAAGGGCAUCCUGAAGAAUUUCGUCAUCGAGCCGUUUGUGCCUCAUAAGCAGGAUGAGGAGUUCUACGUGUGCAUCUACGCGGCGCGGGAGGGGGACUAUGUGCUGUUCCACCACGAGGGCGGGGUGGACGUGGGGGACGUGGACUCCAAGGCCCAGAAGCUGCUGGUGGGCGUGGACGAGAGGCUGAGCGAGGACACGGUGAAGAGCCGCCUGCUGACCCACGUCACGCCCAGCCGGAAGGAGGUCCUGGCCAGCUUCAUCACUGGACUCUUCAACUUCUACGAGGACCUGUAUUUCACCUACCUGGAAAUCAACCCCCUGGUGGUAACCCAGAGUGGUGUGUUCGUGUUGGACAUGGCGGCGAAGAUAGACGCCACAGCAGACUACAUCUGCAAGGCCAAGUGGGGAGACCUGGAGUUCCCCCCGCCCUUUGGAAGAGAGGCCUACCCGGAGGAGGCCUACAUUGCUGACCUGGAUUCCAAGAGUGGGGCCAGUCUGAAGCUCACCCUGCUUAACCCACGUGGAAGGAUCUGGACCAUGGUGGCAGGGGGAGGGGCCUCCGUGGUGUACAGUGACACCAUCUGUGACCUGGGCGGGGUCGACGAGCUGGCCAAUUACGGGGAGUAUUCAGGGGCUCCCAGCGAGCAGCAGACCUACGACUACGCCAAAACCAUCCUGUCACUCAUGACCCGUGAGAAACAUCCCGACGGGAAAGUCCUCAUCAUCGGAGGAAGCAUAGCCAACUUCACCAAUGUAGCGGCUACUUUUAAGGGCAUUGUAAGGGCCAUAAAGGACUACCAGGGGCCCCUGACGGAGCAUGAGGUCAGCAUCUUUGUGCGGCGGGGCGGGCCAAACUACCAGGAGGGGCUGCGGGUCAUGGGGGAAGUGGGGAAGACCACCGGGAUUCCCAUCCACGUCUUCGGCACCGAGACCCACAUGACUGCCAUCGUCGGCAUGGCGCUGGGCCACCGGCCAAUCCCCAAUCAGCCUCCCGUGGCUGCCCACACCGCCAACUUCCUGCUCAGCUCCGGCAGUUCCUCGACGCCCGUCACCAGCCGGACCUCUUCCUUCUCCGAGCCCAGAGCGGGCAGCAGGGGCUCCCCCUCAAAGAAAGCCCAACCAGGCCUCCCCCCAGCCAAAGCCUCCUCUCUGUUCAGUAAGCACACAAAGUCCAUCGUGUGGGGCAUGCAGACGCGGGCAGUGCAGGGCAUGCUGGACUUUGACUACGUCUGCUCCCGCGAGGAGCCCUCUGUGGCGGCCCUGGUGUACCCCUUCACUGGGGACCACAAGCAGAAGUUCUACUGGGGACAUAAGGAGGUGCUGCUGCCGGUGUAUAAGAACAUGGGUGACGCCAUGAAGAAGCACCCGGAGGUGGACGUGCUGAUCAGCUUCGCCUCGCUGCGCUCCGCCUUCGACAGCACCAUGGAGACCAUGCAGUACCCGCAGAUCCACACGAUCGCCAUCAUUGCUGAGGGCAUCCCUGAAGCCCACACCAGGAAACUGAUCAAAAGGGCAGACGAGAGAGGCAUCACCAUCAUUGGUCCAGCAACGGUGGGCGGGAUCAAGCCGGGCUGUUUUAAGAUCGGGAACACGGGGGGGAUGCUGGACAACAUCCUGGCCUCCAAGCUGUACCGCCCCGGCAGCGUGGCCUACGUGUCCCGCUCCGGAGGAAUGUCCAACGAGCUCAACAACAUCAUCUCCCGAACCACCGACGGUGUCUACGAGGGCGUGGCCAUCGGCGGGGACCGGUACCCCGGCUCCACAUUCAUGGAGCACGUGCUACGCUACCAGGACACCCCAGGAGUGAAAAUGAUUGUGGUGCUGGGAGAGAUCGGCGGAACGGAGGAAUACAAGAUCUGCCAAGGGAUCCGGAAGGGCAGGAUCACCAAGCCUGUGGUGUGCUGGUGUAUCGGGACCUGUGCCACCCUGUUCUCCUCUGAGGUGCAGUUCGGCCACGCCGGGGCCUGUGCCAACCAGGCCUCUGAGACCGCAGUGGCCAAGAACCAGGCCCUGAAGGAGGCUGGCGCCUUUGUGCCCAAGAGCUUCGAUGUGCUGGGAGAUCUCAUCAAGACUGUUUACGAAGACCUUGUUGCCAAGGGAACCAUUGUACCUGCAGAGGAGGUGCCCCCUCCAACUGUGCCAAUGGACUACUCCUGGGCACGGGAGCUGGGUAUGAUCAGGAAGCCCGCCUCCUUCAUGACCAGUAUCUGUGAUGAACGGGGCCAGGAGCUGCUGUACGCAGGCAUGCCAAUCACGGAGGUGUUCAAGGAGGAGAUGGGCCUGGGAGGAGUUCUGGGGCUUCUGUGGUUCCAGAGGAGGUUACCGCGCUACGCCUGCCAGUUCAUUGAGAUGUGCCUGAUGGUGACGGCGGAUCACGGCCCGGCAGUGUCCGGGGCUCACAACACCAUCGUCUGCGCCCGCGCCGGCAAGGACCUCAUCUCCAGCCUGACGUCCGGCCUCCUGACCAUCGGGGACCGGUUUGGAGGCGCUCUGGAUGCAGCUGCUAAGCAGUUCAGUAAGGCGUUUGAUAGCGGGCUGCUGCCCAUGGAGUUCGUCAACAAGAUGAAGAAGGAGGGCCGGCUCAUCAUGGGCAUCGGCCACAGGGUCAAAUCGAUCAACAACCCUGACAUGAGAGUUCAGAUCCUGAAGGACUUUGUGAAGCAGAACUUCCCUGCCACCCAGCUGCUGGACUAUGCCUUGGAUGUGGAGAAGAUCACCACCUCCAAGAAACCCAACCUCAUCCUGAACGUGGAUGGCUUCAUUGGGGUGGCCUUUGUGGACCUGCUGAGGACGUGUGAUGUAUUCACACGGGACGAGGCUGACGAGUUUGUGGAGAUUGGGGCUCUGAACGGGAUCUUUGUGCUGGGCCGAAGCAUGGGUUUCAUCGGGCACUACCUGGACCAGAAGCGGCUGAAGCAGGGCCUGUACAGGCACCCUUGGGACGACAUCUCCUACGUGCUUCCUGAACACAUGUCCAUGUAGCCAUGGCAACUCCUGAGCCAGCCCCUUGACACCUAGGGCCACCAAUUCCUUAACUUGUGUCUUGUGUCACCGUUAAACUGAUCUGUGGAGGAUUGUUGUUGGAUUCUUCAGACACUCUCGAAGGCGGGCCCAUGACCAUUACACGCUCUAUAGCCUCAGAAGUCAAUGUAAUCAAUGUGAACGUGCUCAUCGCCAUGUAAAAUGGAGGCUGUACCAGGAAAUUAAACAUUAAAACAUU